CGGGGUGAGGGACUGGAAACGCUGAACUGGGUUGAGUGGAGGGAUCGGGACUUGUCCCGGCAGGUGCAGAGCAAUAAGACCCUCCAAAAUCUGGCUCCCCAAGGAGCAGGCAUUCCGGGGCUCCGCCGUGCACCUCUUUACUGCAGCUAUUCAAAGGCUUCAGUUUUGGGGCAACGUGUGAAUGGGUGGACGUUUGCUUUGCUGGUCCCUCCCUCAUUGACCAGAAGACUAUAUCACCCAGCACAGAUGUGCAUUAAACUUGAGCUUGUUGAAUAUCCUCAAAAAAACCCAAGACAUUCUAAACCUAACUGCCUUAAUUGCUAUUGAAGAAAAUUAAACAGCAACUAGGAGCAUGGCAACAAAUCCCCCUGGACAAGGUUUUCAAAAUAAGAACCGAGUAGCAAUCCUGGCAGAACUAGACAAGGAGAAAAGAAAAUUACUUAUGCAAAACCAAUCUUCAACAAAUCAUCCUGGAGCCAGCAUUGCCCUCUCCAGGCCCCCCCUUAACAAAGAUUUUCGUGAUCAUGCUGAACAGCAGCAUAUUGCAGCGCAGCAGAAGGCUGCCUUACAGCAUGCUCAUGCACAUUCUUCGGGAUACUUCAUAACUCAGGACUCUGCAUUUGGAAAUCUCAUUCUUCCUGUUUUACCUCGACUUGACCCAGAAUGAAGGAAAUAUUUACAAUGGGAAAAAAAUAGCUUUGUAAAAUGAACUGCCAAAGUUACUGUCAUUCUGAUUCACUCUGUGCUAAGAAAUGACUCACAUUUUUUUGCGUGAGAUUUUGUAUUUUAUGCCUUCUUUCAAGAAAGGCACUUUACAUCUAUGCAGGUGAAAUGUACAUAAAUGGUGCAUGUUAUCCAGUCUGUAACCAUUCUGUAAUGCACUUCAUUUAUUUAUACCAACAUGUUUGACUCCCUUAAAUAUUUUUUUACUUUUAAGUAGGAUGAAGUACACAAUAAGACCAGGCUAGAAAAUAGAAAAACUUAACUUGAAGGAAUUGCCAUUUUCCACUCUAAACAAAUGGUGUUGGCCAUAGAAAACAUCAUUCCUCUUGAUGUUUUAUCAGACUGUUAUUAUUAAUGUACCUGUUGAAUUCAUAUUCUUCAACAUAAUUGGUUUAGAAAAUAGUCCCAAAAUCUUUUAUGCGGCCUCAUCUCUGGUUUUCCUAGUCUCAAUUUUAAUCCUAGAAGAGAGAAGUUAGACUAAAUUACAAACUAAUAUUAUACCUCUUUUUAGUAUUUCUUAAAUAUGAAGCUUAUGUAAAUGAUGUUAACACAUAUGAUAUUAAAAGCUGCUGUGACAAUAACUUUGGUGUUAUGCUCAA